AAACUGGAGCUUUUAGUGUCGAACGUGGAUUCGUGACGAGCGGUGGGCAGAAGCGACGAGCUUGCAGAGCCAGUUAACUUGCAACACACACACAAAACACAAAAACACACAGCAACACAAAAAUUCUGAAAAGUGCACAAAGUAAAGUUAAAACAAUUAAGCGGAAAAUAACCAUAAAACAAAGCAAAUAGCCAAAGCGCGUUCUUUACUUAAGCUGUGAGAGUAACCAGCACACACACAGACACACACACAUUACGAAGAGACACACAUACAUACAUAUCUGUGUUUGUAACGUAUCAAUAUAAAGAGUAACCUUCAGAGCUUGUGCAACGUUUCUGCAGCCGCAGCAGCAGCAGCUUAGCAGCAUCGGAUCGGAAAGAGAGCGACGAAAAAAUAACAAAACUAACUCGCAAUGCGUCUCGACACGAACUCAAAUGUGGACUUUAAAGCGUUCGACUCCAGCUCCAGUUCCAGUUCCAACUCAUGUAUUGUGAAAUUGGACAACUUGGCCACCUGGGGUGGCUCACAAAAGACGGAUACACGGCUGCCCAUAACAGAUUAUUCCACACUUGGCGGACCGAGACAUAAUUGUAGUCCCUUUCCAUUAUCCAAAGAUGUCAACAAUCGUCUAGUGAUUUGGGAUGGCGACAUGACCACAUUGGAUGUGGACGCCAUCACGAAUAGCAGCGAUGAGACCCUGACUGAAAGCAAUAUCAUAUCGGAGCGCAUUAUCGCCGUUGCGGGCAAUCAGCUCAAAGAGGAACUCAGCACAACUGUGAAGGAAUGCCGCAUUGGAGAUGUGCGUGUGACGCGUGGUUACAAUCUACCAGCCAAGUAUGUUCUGCACACUGUUGCACCCGCCUACAAGGAGAAGCUCAAGACGGCCGCCGAGAAUGCACUACACUGUUGCUACAGAAACGUGCUUUGCAAGGCCAAGGAGCUCAAUCUUCGCACAAUUGCCGUGUGCAAUGUUAGUAGCAAUCAGAAAUCCUUUCCAGCAGACGUCGCUGCGCACAUUGCCCUGCGCACCAUUCGUCGUUAUCUGGACAAGUUUACACAGCAGGUUGUGAUACUGUGCGUGAAUAGCAGCGAGCGUGGAACUUAUGAAGUCCUUGCACCGCUUUAUUUUCCCCGCGAUCAGCUGGAGGAGCGCAGUGCACUGUGGCAAUUGCCCAAGGAUACGGGCGGUGAGCUGGGAGAGCCUCAGCAUCCGGAUCCUGAUCGUCAGAUACGCAUCAUACGCAAUCCACAGCACAGUCACAGUCACAGUGUGCACAUGCGUCACCGUCAGACUGACGACGAUUCAGACGUUAGUCCACACGAUAUGGAGGGCAAUAGUUCGGAUCUGGAAUAUGGCACCAGGGAUAUGAAUGGCCUCAGCCUCAAUUCCUACAGCAGCGGACUGCAGGCACAGCUACAGCUCGAUCUGGAUAGGCAGCAUCUGUUGAGCGAUCGGCCCAGAACUGGAGUCUAUGAGAGCGUCGUUGCCGAGGGCAUUGAGGGAAUGGAGCAUCAAGAGAGAUACGAGCGUCUACUGCAGCGGGCACAAGUUGAAGAUCUGAAUGAAGUAUCGGGCAUUGGAUGUCUAUAUCAGAGCGGUGUGGAUCGUUUGGGUCGACCUGUGAUUGUGUUCUGCGGCAAAUGGUUUCCAGCACAGAAUGUUGACCUAGAAAAGGCGCUGUUGUAUCUGAUAAAAUUGCUGGAUCCUAUUGUUAAAGGCGACUAUGUGAUCGCUUACUUCCAUACCCUCACAUCCACCAAUAAUUAUCCAUCGCUGCAUUGGCUGCGUGAGGUCUACAGUGUCUUGCCAUACAAAUACAAGAAGAAUCUGAAGGCCUUUUAUAUUGUGCAUCCCACGUUCUGGACUAAAAUGAUGACCUGGUGGUUCACCACAUUCAUGGCGCCUGCCAUCAAGGCCAAAGUUCAUUCUCUGCCCGGUGUAGAGCAUCUGUAUUCGGCCAUCACAAAGGAUCAGCUGGAAAUACCCGCCUAUAUUACAGAAUACGAUAUGGCCACCAAUGGCCUGCAUUAUUUUAAUCCCGUGCCGACUGCCUCGUAGAUGGCGGCCAUUGUAGCUGUCUAGACAGCUGAUACCACCCUAUACAGAUACAAAUACAGAUAUAUAUACACAUACAGUCACGUAUAAUGGAAUUUUUUAUAAAUUUUAUAAAAGUGUACUCAUGUUUUCUUUGUUAAUUUUAAGUAACUUUUUUGUUUGCUUGCGUGCAAUUAAUAAGACGCAAGAAUUGUUGGAUUAUAUAUGAGUAUCGUAGGUCUAUAGAUAGUAUGGAAAGCGAGCUGAUCACGCGUAGAACAGGAAACAAAAACAAACCCAAAAUUAUGUAAAACAUUCUUAUGAAGUGCAUGAAAUUUAAUUGAAAGCUACAUAUUGUUAAUUUGCUAAAACUUGAAAUUAGUAAUUCUUUAGGCAUUUUUUAGGCAUCUUGACGAGCUAAAUUACUAGCAAGCUGAACAAAUUGAGAUUUCGAUUAGAGAGAAUAUUAAUUGAUAACAUUAAACAUUGUUGUAGUUAUCAUUGACAAGUUGAUAAAUUCAAAUAUUGUAUUAUGGAUGGUACUUACAUAUAUGAUCCCUCAAAUUGUAUUAUUAUGGUAUGAUGAGAAGCGUAUGCAGUUGAAUCCCCCUCCCUCUGUUAACCAAAUGCCCCCAGAAAACAGAUACGUACAUAUUAUAAAUUCAAUUGUAAUUAUACAAAAAAAAAAA